CGCGUGGCGAUUGAACGCACCUUGCUUCUUAGUGUUUGGCUGGCUCUCCACCUCAAGCCCGAGACCUCGUCGAGGCACCCAGCUGUCGGCUGCCGUGUGUUUGAGCCAUCCCGCCGUAGAGCUCGCGGACGACCGGUUUCCCGGGAAGCCGCAAAGCCCUCGCGCACGUGCGUGAGUCGUGUUACGGCCGUGAUCAUACGGCCGCCCGAGAUAUCGGUGACUUGGUGUAUCGCGCGUGUUCUAUCAAUUUUGUAGUGCGGUUCCGGCGACUGCGUUGUCGUCGACGCGAAUCUUUUACUGUACGCACUUGUGUCUCAGAAUUACGUAGCUCGCCUUAAGCCUGUUCUACAAUAGCAGUAAACACAAGACGUAAGGUUGUAAGCCACAGUUGUAAAGAGCUCGUUUCCGGUUUUGAAGGACAUAACCAAGGUCGUAAGCGAAAUGAAUUAUUUUCAUUUCAUACGCACUACGGUCUUAUGUUAACCAAUCAGCAGCACAUGAAAAGUGCACUUAUUUAAAUCAGUGUUGGUAGUAUAAACUUAACGUACAGGACCAAGAAAUACUUUCUUUUUUAUUCAAAAAGAGGAAAAGAAAUUAUGGAAGAAGAAAUUAUAGAAGAAUUUGAUGAGAACGAUGAACUGGAUGAUCAAGAACUCAUUACCAUAGUUAAGGCGAAUCCUUUUUUGUAUGACAAGUCAGACAAAUUAUAUAGUAACAGUGAGGUAAAGAGGUUAGCUUGGGCUACUGUUGGGGAAGGAUUAUCCAAAAAAAAGACUGGUACCGAUGCCGAACAUAGAUUUUGGCAGUUACGACAACGGUUUGGAAGAGAAAGGAAAAAAGUAAUCCAAUCCCGUGGUCGCUCAGGCGCUGGAGCUAACGAACAGACAUACACGCCUCAUUGGAAUCUAUAUACUGAGUUGAUGUUUCUAGCUGAUGUGAUAAAACAUCGAAAGCAAGUAUCAACAUCUUUCUUUCUGUGGUCAAUUAUACUCAAUCAUAAAUUUAUUUAUUUUUAUUUUGUGUUGUUUAGAACUACGUCAAACUAUAAAAGAAAAACAACAUACGAAACUACAUCACAAACGAACAUCCCGUCAAGUUUAUUACAAGUGAACAUCCCGUCCAAAUUAUCAGAAGUGAACACUCCUUCAACUUACAUGUUAAAUUCCCCAUUGACUUUGAGUUUAUCGAGUGAAAAAGUGCCAUAUAUUUCAUGUAUCGACAAAUCUUCAGAUAUAUCUGAGGAUUAUUCUAUUCCACAACAAUCUUAUUCUGAAAGUGCUGUAAUAUUGCCGCCAGAAACUAACAAUAACAUAGAGUUACCUGCAAAGCAAAUGCAGCAAGUGAAAGCAAAUACUUAUAAAAAAUGUGUUCCAGAGCCAGAUUUGUUUGCUAAACGAAGAAAGUUGAAUGCAGAUACUUUUAAUAAAUCACUAUUAGAUCAAUCAAAAGAUUUAAAUGUUUUAGCACAAAAAGUAGGAGAUGCAAUCUCAACGUGUGGUUCACAAGCUACAUCUCAUACUACAGAUUUUCAAAAUAUAUUUUCUCUUGAAAUUAAGAGUAUGUUAAGUUCCAUAGGUUUUACUUUGCAAAAAGUACCUGAAUCUAAACAAUUGGAUUGCAUGAUUGCUAUCAUGCAAUUGCUAAAACAAUAUAUUGAUAAGUAAAAGUUGAGACUUUUUAUAUAAGUUGUUUGAACAAAGAUCUCAUUAAAAAAUGUUUUAUUUUAACGCAAGUUAACAAGUCAGUUUUUUUAAUAAAAAUAAAUUUGCUUUUUAUAUAUUAUUUUCAAAGAUCUUGAAAUGGAGAAUUCAAUAAUUUUAGUUUAUCUAUUAAAAGUUUGUAGUAUUAUUUUUUUAAUAUUUUUUAAAUAUUCUUCUUUUGAAAGUAAAUAUACGUAUAAAGCAUUAUUAACUAAUAGACACUAGAAUCAAAAUAAAAUUUUGUUUUAAAAUAAUUACCGUUUUUUUCUAUCAAAAUUAAUUUUGUGAUAAAAUAAUUCAUGUUCCUAAAUAAAUGUUUAUUUAACAUAGC